GCUUCACACGCAACGCGUCUCACAUUGGCGGCUUUUUUUUGUUGGUUUUCUCCUGUCCUCUUGACGCAACACCUACACUUCUGCCUUUUCUCCUCCUUCUGCUCCUUCACAUAUCGCCGCUCAGAAUGUGAGUUGGCGCUUUUCUUCUUGUGUCCUCCGCCCUCCCCAACCACGUUCGCGCUAUCUGCUUUACAUUUCCAUUGCGCUGGCUGAUCUGCUUAUUGUUGUUGUUAUUCUUAUUAUUGAAGUCGAAAUGAACCUGACCGUGUGCGUUGGUGUCGACGGCGUGACUUGCCCGUCCGUCGACGAUGGGUUGAAGCAAAGGGUCGGCACGCACCUUAAAAACGUCGUUUUCGGCACUGCGCCGCAAGAGUUUGCAGCGACAAAGACGAACAACGAGGGCAUAGUGCUGGUGAUGCUGGGUCCACAGGCGCACGACGUGAUCAAAGAUCUCUGCGACGACCACGACAAGAAGGAGCGCCGCGUGAAGUUCAUCUACAGCCUGUCCGCCGGCGUCGACUCCUACCGCCUGCCCGACUUCACGAAACAGCUCCACGGCGUGCCGAUGCACAAUGCGCAGGGCUGCUACUCCAACAUUCUUGCUGAGCACGUCGUCUUCAGCAUGCUGUACUUCAACCGCUCUCCGUGGCGCAUUGUGGAGUCCAAGAGGGAGAAGAAGUGGGACCGCUUCAACAUGAUUGAGGCGCUAGGCGAAAAGGUCGUCAUUAUUGGCUACGGCGACAUCGGCCAGAAGUGUGGCCAGAAGGCGGCUGCACUCGGCAUGAAGGUGACGGGCAUCCGCCGCAGCGGCGGCAACACGGUGGACGAGCACGGCGUGACCGUGCGCGGCAACGACGCGCUAGACGAGGCGAUCCGUGAGGCCGACUUCGUGGUGGGCGUGCUGCCCGGCACGUCACACACGAAGCACUUCUUCAACAAGGACGUGUUCGCCAAGAUGAAGCCGAGCGCCGUCUUCAUCAACAUUGGCCGCGGUCAGACGCAGUGUGAGGAGGACAUCGUGGGUGCGCUGAAUAACGGUGUGAUUCGUGGUGCGGCCCUUGACGUGUUCGAGACGGAGCCGCUGCCGAAAGAGUCUCCUCUCUGGACAGUGCCGGACGACAAGCUGCUACUAACGGCUCACAGUGCUGACUGGACCGAAGACGUUGCAGAGCGCCCAUUGAACCGUUUUGCGGAAAUCUUCAACGAGUACGUAAUGCACGGUAAAUCGGACACCUACACUGUCUCCUUGCACAAGGGAUACUAA